AUGGCAAACCAGCUCGUUGGCGUCAACCCUGGAGUGCAGCUGGGUCCUCCCAACGGGCUGAACGAGCUGCUCCCGCCCAAUCCGCCUUUGAACGCUGACCCCUUCGGCGGUCUCUUCGGUGACGUGCCCGUACACUGGAAGAACUGGUUCCUGUCGAUGGGCGACCGCUACAGUGUGCAGCGUUACUUCGGGCCCCUGAGAAGCCCUUCGAGCGUCGUAAACAUCCGCCGGCCUGGACCUCCGAACUGGGGCGGGACGCAUCUGCAGCCCUUCGAGAGGAAUUUUUACCGCGAGCACUUCAGAACGGCGUGGCGGUAUCCCGAGGCAGUGAAGGAAUACCGAGAGAAAAAUGGGAUAACAAUUCUGAAUGGACGCGGUGUUCCAAAGCCACUGCUGCACAUUUACGAAGCCAACUUCCCCGCAUGCCUGGUCGAAGCGCUCGAGGCUAACAGCUCCACCUCCUCUCCCACACCCGCUCAAGCCCAGUGCUGGCCUGUAGCACUCAAGGGCAAAGAUCUGCUCGCCGUUCUCGGAACCGGAGACGAAGGCAAGACCCUGGCUUAUAUCCUCCCAGCCAUCGUUCACGUCCUAGCGCAGCCGCGCCAAGAGCACCACCAGGGUUUCCUGGCACUGGUGCUUGCUCCAACACCCGAGGAAGCCCGCGAAAUUCAGCGAGUUGUGGGCAAACUCGAAACCUACACUGGCGUCCGUACUACGUGCGUCUGCUCCGGCGACCCGAAGGACCGACAGCUGAGGGAUUUGAGACGCGGCUUUGACAUCUGUGUCGCGACGCCCGGCCGUCUCCACACGUUCCUCAAGGAGGAUGAGUUGGACAUCGGCCGGUGCACGUACCUCGUGCUGGACGGAGCGGACCGUAUGGUCGACAUGGGCUUUGAGCAGCAGCUCAUCUCUAUCGCCAGGUACGUCAGGCCCGAUCGACAGACAAUGAUGUGGGCGUCGAGAAGACCGAGGCACCUGUAUCGGCUUGUGGACGCACUGCUGAAGGACUGCGUUGAAAUUCACAUCGGUAUGUGUCAGGCGUCGCCAGACCAGAGUGUUCAACACGUAGUCCGCGUCUGUGCCGACUCUGAGAAAGAGGCCGGACUUGCGGCACUCCUAGAGGACAUUCUGGGUGGGCAAGAGGAAGCAGCAGCCAGAAAGGUGAUUGUGUUUGCCGAAACAAAGAAGCGCGUUGACGACCUGGUGUCCAACCUGCGGCUCCGUGACCGGCCCGUCGUCGGCGUCCACGGCAGGACUUCGGAUAGCGUGCGCGAUUGGGCGCUGUCAGCAUUCCGCCGAGGCAAGACGCCCAUCCUGGUGGCGACCGAUGCGGCCACGAGGCGACUGCCUUCAGACGGCGUGCGCUUUGUGGUGAACUAUGAUUACCCGAGCAGCGCCGAGGCGUACUCAAGACGACUCACUCAUGCGUCGCACUCAACAGGCCGUGAUUCUGGUGUGGUGUACACAUUUAUUGAGCCGGACGACAGCCUAAGUGCCCGGCAAAUGAUCGGCAUUCUUCGUGCUGCAAAGUCAAAAGUCCACCCUGAACUGUACGCCAUCGCAAAGGCAACAAGGUGGACGAAGCGUGGAGUCAGCGACGUGUAA